CGAAGCUUCGAGGAUCUGGAACGGGAACAAAUGGCGUCCUCGGAGAAAGACCUCGAAGAACAACUUAAGGAAGCUGGGGAGAGACUCCUCAAUAGUCCUCCUUCUGAUGUCGAUGAACUCCUCCCACUUCUCGAGCAAGUUGAGACUUGCCUAUCAAGGGUAGAGCAAUCACCAUCAAAUUCAAUGCAAGAUGCAAUUUGCUCCUCAAUGAAGGCACUGGUUGCUGAUGAUCUUCUUAGGCAUUCAGAUAUGGAUGUUAAAGUUGCAGUUGCAUCUUGCAUCAGUGAAAUCACUAGAAUAACAGCACCAGAAGCUCCUUACGAAGAUGAACAAAUGAAGGAAAUAUUUCAGUUGAUUGUUGGUGCAUUUGAGAAAUUGUUUGAUACUGAUAGUCAUUUAUAUUCUAAGAGAGUUUCAAUUCUUGAAACUGUGGCAAAGGUUCGAUCAUGUGUUGUGAUGUUGGACCUUGAAUGUGAUGCUCUGAUUCUUGAGAUGUUCCAGCAUUUCUUGAAAGCUAUAAGGGAUGAUCACCCUGAAAAUGUAUUCUCCGCGAUGGAGACAAUUAUGACCCUUGUAUUAGAAGAAAGUGAAGAUAUCUCAUUGGAGCUUCUUUCACCCCUCUUAAAUAGUGUUAAAAAGGAGAAUCAGGAUGUUUUGCCUAUUGCACAAAAACUUGGAAAGAAAGUAAUUGAAAACUGUGCCGAUAAGAUUAAACCAUACAUGAUUCAAGCAGUACAAUCUUCGGGAAUUUCUUUCAAUGACUACUGUGACAUUGUGGCCUCUAUAUGCCAAGAAACAUUUCCGCUGAUAUGGAUAUAUUUUUGGUGGAGUUUUUUCCCAUAUUUAUUUAAUUUUAACUCGUUUAUUGGCAUGUUUCAGGUAGAUGGGGGCGAAUUGUCAGAGAAGACUAGUGUAGAUGAGCCGCCCCAGGCGGCUAAUGAACUCCCACCAGAAACGGCCGGUUCUGGAUCAGUGGAUCCUGCUGUGGAUAAAUCUCCCAAGUCAGUGAUGAGCAAUGGUAAUGCUCAAACUGGAAAUGAGGACUCUUUAAUAGAUCCAAGUUCCCCAAAAAAGAAGCCUGAGCGUUCUCGUCGUACUAAUCAAUCCAAAAGCACGGAUGGAACAGCCAAUACUGAACCUGAUAGUUUGGAACCUGAGAAGGUAGUCAGACCAGAAAAAAAGCCAGAUCAAGCUACAAAGAAAACAAGGGGUAGGAAACCUAAUUCUUUGAUGAAUUCUACAGAAGGCUCUGACCGUUCUCGGAUUGAUCGUGAGAAAGGAUCUGUAGAACAGCCUGACCGCAGGAAGAGUCGCACAAAGGAAGCUGAUAGUGCAACUUCUGAAGGCCCUUCUACCAAGGAGGUGACUGUUUCAUCUGAACCAGAAAAGGAGAGUGAGGCACAGGCUUCCUCUCCAACAGCAUCACCUAGUAUGGCAAUUAAUGUUUCAUCUCCAAAACCGACCCAUACUGAUGGAACUCCCUCCAAGAAGGGACGACGUGGGCCUAAGAAGAAAGGAAGCAGGAAACAUGAAGCUGAGCAUGGUUCAUCACUGAAGGGAGCUUUAUUGAGUGAUCAUGGUGAGGAUGAAGCUCCACCUUCUGCAGCUGUUAGCUCCAAGAAGGAAUCAGAGGGCAUGAGUGAUUCUGAAGCAAAGCCACAUAAGCGCACAGGGAAAAAAACACUUACUGGGAAUGCCAAUGAGAAAACUCCAACUCAAGUUGAUGUUCCAAAGAAGGAACCUGGAGCUGGAGCCACAAGUGAUUCAGAUGUGAUGUCGCUGAGGAAGUCUGGCAAGAAGGUAGAUGGCAAAAAUGCCAAUGAGGAUGAGUCAUCAGGAAAACAAGACGGUAAAAAAAGGAGAGGCAGGGGCAAAACUGACUCCGGUAAGAAUGUGGUUGAAGAAUCAAGUAAGAAGGUCAUUGCAAAGGUCACAACUUCUUCACCUAAGUCUGCAACAAAGUCAUCGAAUAAAGAUGAAAGUCAAGUCGAAAACACCCCUAAGAUAUCUUCCAAGAGAAAACGUACUCCAGGGAAGGAAGAGUUAAUCAGUAAUUCUGAAACACUGCAUGGUGAAAAUCUGGUUGGUUCCAGGAUUAAGGUUUAUUGGCCAAAAGAUCGUAUUUAUUAUGCAGGUGUCGUAUCAUCUUUUGACCGUGGUAAAAUGAAGCAUAAGGUUUCUUAUGAUGAUGGAGAUGUGGAGAUAUUGAAACUUAGUAGGGAGAAGUGGGAGUUUAUUAAAGAAGAUAAUUUGGCAGAUGGGGAACAAGAAAUUGAUCUUCCUAGUCCUGAUACUUCUUCUGACAUGCACCGAAAGAAGAAAGCGAAAAUGAAUUCAGAUUCAGAAACCAAGCAAGGAAAGCCAGAUGCUUCUGCUAAAAGCACUGGUGGAGUUUCGACCAGCAAAUUCAAAAGCGAAGUUUCAAAAACUGGUGGUAAAUCCAAGGACGAUGUUAAACUCAGCGGCAAGUCCAAAGAUGACAACCCUAAAAUUGUCAACAAAUCGAAGGUUGAAACACCUAAAACUGGUAGCAAAUCGAAAGAUGAUGUCCGGAAGUCAGGAAUCAAAUCGAAGGAGGACACAUCCAAGAUGAAGUCCAAGGAUGAGACAACCAAAACAAGCACCAAAUCUAAGGUUGCAACCCCAAAAACUGCCCCAAAAACUGGUGGCAAGACCAGUGCUAAUGGUACUACUGCCAAAGGGAAAUCCAGUUCAUUGAAGCUACAAGAAAAUGAAGAUUCUGUGCAAGAGAAAUCAGAUUCUACAAAGGCACAAGAAAAUGAGACAAAAAGUGGGAAGAAGCGAAGGAGGUCAAAUGGUUGAUGAUGUAACUGAGACCGAUCUGAUUCUUGAGGGAAACUGAUUAUCUUUUCCCCAGUGUUUCCUAAGGUAAAUAUGAUCUUAUUCACUUUCAACUAGAGAGGAGUUCAUCCCUCAGACUGCUUCUUCACUGCACUAGUUCCAGGUGCCGUGUGUAUCUGGUAGUUUGUGAUGUUUGGCAUAUCCCCAUGCUGUUGUCAGUGGCAUUGGAUUUCGCUUUUGUAGGGUUUGGAGUAGCAGGGAUGAUUUAAGGGUUUGAGGGUUUCUUGUCUCUACAAAGAGGGGGGAAAAGUCUUGUAGUGCGUGGCUGUAGUGACUUUAGAGCCUUCGUUAAAUUACUUUUUGCAGUUAGUGUAUAAGUUAAACCAA